AUGGACGAAAAGAGGCCAAAGGCUGGACAUUCCCGAGGAACGACCUCAGCAGCCCCGGUGCAACCCCGUCGGAGGCCCGACCGACAAGAGUUGCUACUCCCAAGGCCCUUGCCUCUCCCUUUGAACGCCUCUCGUACCGAGAUCUUCCUUCAAAUCAGGGAGAAGGGUCUCUUGCGACAGCCCAACCCCAUGAAAGCAACUCACAAAGACCGGUCCAAAUAUUGCAGGUUCCACCGGGACUACGACCAUGACACGGAAGACUGCCGCGACCUCCAGCAUCAAAUCGAAGACCUGAUUCGAAGAGGUCACCUCGGGCAUUAUCUCAAGGAACCCCGGGAAGCAACUCCACGCUCUAGGGGACCUAUUGAAAGACAGAUCGACGUCCUCUCUGGAGGACCAGUAGCCGAUGGCAGUAGCUUAACGGCGAGGAAGGCCUAUGCCCGCAGUGCGGUCAAGAAACGUCCCCGACUCGAGCUCGAGCCUGAAAUCACAUUCGGAGUCAAAGAGGUUGAGCGCUCCCAUCAUGAUGAUGCUCUGGUGAUCUCCAUCCAAGUCGCCAAUACUCGGGUCAAAAGGGUAAUGGUUGAUAUCGGGAGCUCUGUCGACAUACUAUACCUAGACGCCUUCAAGAAGCUUAGUUUGACCAAGGAGGACCUCAUCCCCAUGGCAUCAGCACUCACUGGGUUCGCGAGGGAUUCUAUCUCCCCGCUCGGGACCACCAUCCUUCCUGUCACCAUUGGGGAAGAGCCAAGGGCCAAGACAAUAAUGACUACCUUCAUGGUAGUCGACCUACCCUCGGCCUACAACGUCAUCCUCGGCCGACCGACGCUCAACAAGCUGAAAGUGAUGGUGUCUACCUACCACCGGGCCAUUAAGUUUCCAACAUCGGUAGGGAUUGGGGAAUCAUAA